ACGUUGACGGGUAUUAGGCUUACCGAGGUCCGUAGAGCUGGUUAUGGUAAAGAACGGCAAGUGGAAGGUGAGCGGUUCCUUUCCCACCUGUCAGCGGUUUGCUCUAUGGGGACAUGAUGUAACAGAGUGAAAAAGCAACUUGCUCAAAAAGCUCAGCCUACUCUUCUAGAGACACUAACAUACGGUUACUGCAGCAGAUGCAGCUUCACUAGAGCACUCGCUGGGCAGCAGUUGGUCUUUAGUUUGGACUCAAUUCUCUUUUCCUGCGGACCCGCUGGCUACAAUGGCAAGUGCAGGACCGGCUCCCUCUGCAUCUGCGGAGAACUCCAGUCCCGGCGGAGCAAGCGGCAGCAGCAACGGCGAGGGCGCCAGCCAGGACAGCACGUUUGAGUGCAACAUAUGUCUUGAUACCGCUAAGGAUGCCGUGAUUAGCCUUUGUGGCCACCUGUUCUGCUGGCCAUGUUUGCACCAGUGGCUGGAAACACGACCUAACCGCCAAGUUUGUCCAGUCUGCAAAGCGGGGAUCAGUCGUGAUAAAGUCAUCCCCCUGUAUGGGAGAGGAAGCACCGGACAGGAAGACCCCAGAGAGAAGACUCCACCAAGGCCUCAAGGGCAAAGACCAGAACCAGAAAACAGAGGGGGUUUCCAGGGUUUUGGAUUUGGAGAUGGAGGGUUCCAGAUGUCCUUUGGUAUCGGGGCAUUUCCAUUCGGAAUAUUUGCCACGGCAUUUAAUAUCAAUGAUGGCCGUCCACCGCCAGCAGUCCCCGGAACGCCUCAAUAUGUGGAUGAGCAGUUCCUUUCUCGCCUCUUUCUCUUCGUUGCCUUGGUCAUUAUGUUCUGGCUGCUGAUUGCUUGAAGCCAUCUCCCUGUGAACUGCAUUACGGACUGAAUCUCUUCACAAGUUGGACUCCUGCCCUUGCACCAUCAUAUCCUGGAUUCUGACCUUUCUUGUUGCAUUACAGUCAAAUUUCUGCUGUUCGGCGCAGUUUAUAUAACAAAAGAAAGGGGUACACUGAUGUUCGGAGAGCUGAGGGGAAAAAAAAAGUAUUAUUGUGUCUGAUCGAGAUGUACGGGAGGGAGCUUGUAGCGUAACAGCAUGGGAUAUGGUGGGAGAGAUAGGACAUGGUGGGGAAGCAUUAUGUUUUGGUAAGACGUGGCUGGGACAGAGAGAACAUCAGAUGCAUGGACAAUGCAUCAUGAAUUAUUUGGGGCAAAAGGCACAAUGACUGGAUGCCAAAGAGCAAAGGAGGAUCCAGGUGGAAAGCAGUGUAAAAAGUGCUGCAUUGAGGGCAACAGGAAAAGAAACUGCAGGAUGCUGUGAGAAAACUGCGUUAAGUACAGAAUGUUAAGGGCAGUUUAAAGCACGGGCUUGAAGAAAAGGACAAUGCUGCAGAUUUUUCCAGGGGAGAAUAUUGAGGAGCGCAGCCCACGAGUGCUAGUCACACUAGGGAGAGCAGUGUUAGAACACAGAAUCCAGUGACAAUUAAAAUGAAAAUCUUGGGUCGUGUGGAGGAAGAUGAGCUAUGGGGGUCUCUUGUACCCUCCGCUAAGUGUGAUCUGGACCUGGGCGUGGAACAGUGAUGAUUCCUCAAUUUUAUGAGAUUUACAAUAAUUAAAUUGUACUUUUUAAAUGGAAA